AUGCCCUUCUCCGAAAGCGGGUGGUUUGCUGCGGCUCUGUACCUGCACCUGCGAGAGGAGGGACAUUCGAGGUUCCCGGGCCGCGGCCUCCUGUACGCUAAGGAGAAACACAGGGCCCGUGGUCCCCCUGAUCGCUCAGCGCCUGAGAAACCGAACUUGAACGCGGCCUCGGCCGUCAGGGGCCGCAAAGAGGGGAGCGCGGCCCGCUGGGCGCAGGGCGGCCACAGGAGAAUCCGACAAACGCUCGCACCCCAAAAAAGCACGGCCAGGAACAUGUCCCCGGAUUCCACAGGAGGCAGGGCCUGGGCCUCCAGCACUGAGGCAGCUUGUUCCGAUCCGCCGCCGCCGGGCGGGUCGCUGCCCGGCGGCGGCGGUGACUCUCCGGGCGACGGGGAAGGCGGCUCCAAGGCGCUCUCGCUGCACGGCGGCGCCAAGAAAGGCGGCGACCCCGGGCCCCCCCUGGACGGGGCGCUCAAGGCCCGCGGCUUGGGCGGCGGCGACCUGUCGGUGAGCUCGGACUCGGACAGCUCGCAGGCCGGCGCCAACCUGGGCGCGCAGCCCAUGCUCUGGCCGGCCUGGGUCUACUGCACGCGCUACUCCGACCGGCCGUCUUCAGGUCCCAGGUCUCGAAAACCAAAGAAGAAGAACCCCAACAAGGAAGACAAGAGGCCGCGCACGGCCUUCACAGCGGAGCAGCUGCAGAGGCUCAAGGCCGAGUUCCAGACCAACAGGUACCUGACGGAGCAGCGGCGCCAGAGCCUGGCGCAGGAGCUCAGCCUCAAUGAGUCGCAGAUCAAGAUCUGGUUCCAGAAUAAGCGCGCCAAGAUCAAGAAGGCCACGGGCAACAAGAACACGCUAGCCGUGCACCUGAUGGCGCAGGGUCUGUACAACCACUCAACCGCCGCCAAGGAGGGCAAGUCGGACAGUGAGUAGGGCGGGCGGGCGCGGAGUCCGGGCUCCGUCCACACGAAACAAUGCAAUAAUUUAAAAUCAUAAAGGGCCAGUGUCUAAAGAUGAUACCAGCAUUAAUAGUGAUAAUAUCGUGUAUUAGCUAUGGUUCUGCAAUAUUCUAUGUGUAUAUAAUUUACAGGUGGUAUGAAAUCCAAAAUAUCUGACUAUAAAGUAUUUUUUGAGUUUUUCUGUGUUUAUGAGAUUAUGCUAAUUUUAUGAGUUUUCUUUCUUUCCUUUUUUUUUUUUUUUUUGCAAAGGGGGGCUGCUUAGGGUUUCAUCUUUUUUAAUCCCCUAAGCUCCAUUGUGGGACAUCUGACACUUUUAUUUUUUAAUUUCAAAAGAAGAAAAAAAAGUAAAACAACUUGCUAAAGUCCAAAGAUUUUUAUUGCUGCAUUUCACACGACUGUGAACCCAAUAAAUAGCUCCUACUUGGUC